CCAGAUCCUCCCCCCCCAAGUUUUGGGCAUCGAGAAGGGCGAUUUACAGAUCCCCUUUGUCGAAUUUAUUUGAUCACCCUUGAUUCUCUUUUACUGUCUUUUUCUCAACCCCUCUCACUAGUGUUGCCAUGGCUUCGGUCGCUCAAAGCGACUUAGACAUGGACAGUCAUACUUCGGACAUGGCCAGCCAGGACUCCCCUCUGCGCCGACAAUUCUCCGAGCCACUCAAUGCUCGUUCUACAUCAACCCAGGCUUCUCCAUCCCCCUCUCCUGUGACUCAAUGGGCCAAAUGCACCUUGUGCGGAAAGCUCCUCGAGUAUACUAAAGGUUUGGAUUCUCCAAAUGUUGUCUUGAAAGAGCAUAUUGCUACUUCACACCCGCGCAUCACCGCACCUGCGACGCAUGAUGUCGCUGAGGAAGAUGGCGAAGAUCAAUCCCAGCUUGACGAGGAUGAUGAGCAAGUGGAAGACGAAAGUGUAGACGAGAAUGCAGAACUUGACGCAAGUGAGCUGCAAGAAGCUGAUGACGACAACAACAACAACAAUGCAAAUGACGCUUUGAAAAAUGGCGUGGUCGAUACGACUGAGGUUGACGACGAGAAUUACAAGCUCCAAGAAGAUGCUGAGCCAGAGAUCGACGCACCUGACGCCGAUGUUCUUUCGAGUCAGUUGCAUGAGUUCUCGCGCGCUCAGGAUCCAGUGACAUUGGAUCAGCGUCUCCAUAAUCUCUGGAAUGUCCACGACGUUCACAAUUUCAGCAGGGACCAUGACGAAAGGACUGCCGACCUCGACCAUUCAUGGGCAACAGUGAUUCAAGAAUCGAAGCGAUCCAAAAAGCGCGAUACACGUGAUGAACUCCAAGACCGACCCGAUCCAUACAAAAGAUCCAAGGUCUCUCCUGGAGAGUUCCUGGAAAUCACGCCUCUCGAAGAAUUCUUGAGUCAGCUUCGAGACCCCGAACAUCGCACAUUCGAAGAACUCUAUGCCAUUACUGAGAACGUUGCUCAUGCUCUCAAGGUGUGGCAAGAUGAGUAUCUGGCUAUUGAAAAGCUCAACAAGCACGCCACUCGGCACAACGCCAAACCAACCAGUGAUCCUAGAAAACUACAAAGGCCUCAAGUCUUUGAGGACAAGAAAGAGGCCAUGCUCUAUGGGUACAAGCACGAGCCCAAAGAAGACAAGGUCGGCUGUCAGAAUCCUUUCACUCAGGGUGGUUUUAAACCUACCCCAGCCCAGUAUCGCAAGAUGACUGCUAAGCUCGGGCCCAAUCAUCCCAACCCAGACGGUUGGCCUACUGUCAUGAAGUUUGGCGUGGAGCAUGUUCCUAAAUUCCAGAACCCGCCUCGGGAGGACUUUGUCGGCAAGGCUACUCGCAAGCGCAAGGCUGCAGAACUUGAGGCAGCAAACAGAGAGAAGGCGUCAUCCGUCUCCGACGAGGCUGCUACCGAUUCACCUGCUCUGGUGGAAGUAGAAGAGAAUCCGCGCCAACGCCGCACCCGCACUCGCCGCCAAGGUACGGAUAUCGAGGAUCAAUCCGACUUCGCGACACCCGUUCGAUUUGCCACGCGUGGUCGUGGUAGCGGUCGUGGGCGCGGGCGGGGUGGCAUUCGUACCGUUGCGAUCAAUGGCUCUUCCGAGUCGUCUCAAGCACCAGCGCCGGUGGCUCCUCCUCGCUCGUCGACAGUUCGCAUUGAGAAACCUGCCAUUGGGCUGGCGCAGGCCCGGCCUGGAACAGUUCAAUUGGCGCCCAUUGAGCCAGCACCCAGCGGUAGCCAAGUAACUACACCUCCGGUAGACACGCCAGUGUCAGGCUCCCCAGAAGACUCGAUCGAUCCUGCGGAGCUUGCUCGACGACAAAAGAUCGCAAACUCGAAAAAUCCGAAGCGGACAGAAGCCAUGCUCAACCACUGGGCCCGAUUUAACAAAGAGGGUCGGGUUCGCAAUCCCAAACGCUCGAAAGCCCAGAUUGAGGCGGAUCGCUUGGCGGAAGCUGCCCGAAAGGCUGCCGAACCGCCCAAGGCUGGCCCUCGCAAGAAGAAGAUGGACAGUCCGGGCUAUGGCGGCCCGAGGAUUGAGCAGGGAAUUGCCCCGGCCCCAGCUCCGAUUCAGCCUGCCGCACCCCCUACCUUGGCGCCAGGUCACCCGGCUCAUCCUCAAUUGGCGCCGUUGCCUGCACCUCGGCCUCCUCUCCCUUAUCCCCCUAUCGAAACACGGGGAGGAAUCCCUCCAUUUCCUGGACCUCACACUCUAUAUCAGCAACCAGCACCUCCUCCCUACCGCACUCCCUAUCCAGAGUACUACAGUCCAUACGGUCCACCUACGCUACCACCACCAGGUCACCCGCGGCCUGCCUAAGUCCUUAUUGCCUUUAUUGUCAAAAUAAUCUUUGCGCAAUUUUCAGGAAAACAUUGGAUGCACCGUGUACACUACUGUGUUUCUUGUGCAUAUGUACUAUCAUUCUUAUGAGGCAGACAGGAGACUUGCAUGUCUACUGUGUUUGUCUA